GUACAUUCACCAUGGCUCAGCAACGUACGGCCCUCUGGGAGGCUGAUCUCGACGAGGAUUUUCACGAUGUUGACCUCAAUCUUGCUAUCGGAAGCUAUGGUCAAAACGGGCUCUACGACGACGCCCAACCCCGGAUAGACGAGACUACUCUGCUUGUUGUUCAACAGCAAGUUGCUCAGCAGGCAGCUCUAGCACAGGUCCCCGAUGCUGUCAAACGCUUCAUCCUACAUUUCCACCAAGCGGUCCUCGAAAAUAACCUUGCAGAGAUUACCGUGGCAUAUGAGAGCGGAUGGAACAGAUUGACGGAGAAGCACUACGCAAAGAAUGAAUGGCCGGAAGCGGAGGUCAUUGCGCCAUUGGUCAACGAUGAUCAAAUUUUUCUGAUUCUUUACCGUGAGCUUUACUACCGCCACGUCUAUUCGCGCCUCCAGCCGGACAUCGACGAUCGCUUUCACUCAUAUGAGAACAGCUGUGAGCUGUUCAACUACCUACUUAACUCCGACGGCCCUGUCCCUUUAGAGCUGCCCGAACAGUGGCUAUGGGACAUCAUCGACGAAUUUAUCUACCAGUUCCAGUCCUUCUGCGUAUGGCGGCUGAAGGUCAAGUCGAAGAGUGACGACGAGCUCAUACUAUUGGCAGAUGCCAGCCAGGUUUGGAGUUCGUACAGUGUCCUCAACGUCCUCUACUCGCUCAUCCAGAAGUCAAAAAUUAACGAGCACAUUGUGGCUCUUCAGGAAGGAAAGAGCCAAGAGGAGAUUACCAAGAUUGUUGGCGAGUUCGGCGUCCGCCCUCUUUACCGCAUGCUCGGAUACUUCAGUAUCAUCGGCCUGCUCCGCGUCCACAGUCUCCUCGGAGACUUCACGUUGGCACUCAAAGUCAUGGAGAAUGUCGAGCUCAACCAGAAGUCGCCGUUCACCCGUGUCACUGCUUGUCAUGUUACCACCUACUACUACGUUGGCUUCUGCUAUAUCAUGCUUCGCAGAUAUCCCGAUGCCAUUCGAACCUUCGUCUCCAUCCUCAACUUCAUCCUCCGGAUGAGACAAUACCACACCCGCAGCUAUCAGUACGACCAGAUCAACAAGACUGCCGACCGUAUGUACGCCCUAUUCGCGAUCUGCACUGCGCUAUCGCCAACACGGGUGGACGACAACAUCUCCAACAUCGUCAAGGAGCGCUAUGGCGAGCAGUUUGCCAAAAUGUCUCGCGGUGACGAGGGUAUUCCGGCCUUCGAGGAGCUCUUCCUCUAUUCCUGUCCAAAAUUCAUCUCCGCGAACCCGCCGCCCUACGAGGAUCCUGAGCUCUUUCAGGGCUACAUCGAGGACCCACCGGUCGAACCUGCCCAACGGCACCUCUCACUCUUCCUGUCGGAUGUCCGUGCUCAGGCGCCCGCCCCGACGCUGCGUAGCUUCUUGAAACUGUACACCUCGCUCAACGCGACGAAGCUCGCAAACUUCCUCGACGCCGACGAAGAGGAGAUGGUGCAGCAGCUGAUGGUUAUGAAGCAGGCGAGUCGCAGCGUCAGCCGUGUCGAGAGCCAGAAGGGCCUCCUCGGCGGCGAGAUGAUCUCGACCAGCGACCUGGACUUCGUUAUUAACGAGAACAUGGUUCACAUCGCUGAGUCCACUGUCGGCCGUCGGUACGCCGGCUGGUUCAUCAGAAAUAACGAGCACGCGCAGCGCGUUCUCGACACCCUCAAGAACAGUCCGCUCCCUGUGCCUCCUAGACCCACUCAGCCGGCACAGCCUGCCAAGGUCGACGGCGUGUCUGCGCCUGCGAAUGGUGCGCCCAAGCCUUCAGGCCAGAGGGUUGCUUGGGGUGGUGUCAAGGCCGCAUAAAAUGUAGCACUGUGGACUUGUAUUUUUGUCGACGCUCUUCUUAUUCUCAAAGCGGGUGAUUUGUUCGCAGCGCAACGGGUUAGUCGUGUAUAACUGGUAAUCAACGGCUAUAACUUCCGUGUAAACUUUGUGAAUUGAUGAUGUG